AUGGCCACGACUUUUGACAUCUCGCCCGAGUGGAGGGCAAGUCAACUUCAUUUCUACUACCGCCAACUAUUUAUCACACCCCCAUUAGUUUCACGUCGCGAUGCAGACUUGAGUGGGAAGUCAGCCAUAGUCACGGGUGCAAACACUGGGCUAGGACUAGAAAUAGUACGUCAGCUUCUUGAUCUGGGCUGCAAAGUCAUCCUUGCGGUACGCGAUGAAAUCAAGGGCGAAGGGGUCCGUCAGGAGCUCAUCAAUGGCCGUGAUCUUGAAUCGGAAUUUGUGGAAGUCUGGAAACUGGACAUGCUAUCCUACGAAUCGAUCUUGAGCUUUACAAAGCGCGCCGAAACCUUGCCGCGUCUUGAUAUCGCCAUUCUCAAUGCCGGCGUGCAGAAAGCCACCGAAGAAUUCACGUCAAACGGCUUUGAAGAAGGGUUUCAAGUAAACUUCUUGUCGACUAUGCUGCUAGCAAUAUUGUUGCUCCCCAUCAUCAAGCGGAAGAGAACAGGAGGCGAUCCUGGCCAGAUUUGCAUUCUAUCAUCCGACAUGGCCGCAAACAUAACUCCUCUGUUGUCAGCAUUUAAACAAAAGAUGCCCAAAUGGGACUUGAUGAAUCGCUAUUGUACAACCAAGCUUCUCGGGCAACUGUUUCUGUCUGAGCUCUCCAAACAUGUGUCUACGUCCGAGGUCACCAUCUCUUGCCCGAAUCCCGGACUCUGCGGCGACUCACAGAUUUCACGCGAGUUUCAGGGCACCCUCCGCCUCGCUUUCAACAUUUACUCCUUCUUGUUUAGUCGCACAUGCUCUGUUGGUGCUCGCACAAUUGUGAACGCUGUUACCACCCUCGGUGACCAAGCCCAUGGACAAUACAUCGAAGAUGCCAAAGUUCAGCCAAUGUCGCCUCUUGUAUGUAAGACUAAAGGCUUGCGUCUUGCCAACCAGCUGUUUGAGGAAACCCUUGACGAGCUUUCGUUCGCGGGCGUGAAAGAUAUCAUCAAUGACCUAUAG